CAAGAAUACUUUGAACGCAGAGAUUUCAUCUUUAUUUACCUGCCUCAAGACUCUGCUGACAACUUCACAAAUAAGCAGAGACGCAUUAGUAUUAUAAGCUUAUAGCUUCUCAUCAUUAUAAAGAAAUGUCUCACAGGGAGACUGCUUUUUAUGUGAUCUGUAGAAAAUACAGGCCUCACCUUCUCAUGGUUUUUGUUCAGGUGGCUGUCACACUUCUCUAUCUUCUGAUAGAGGCUUCCUUCAACAAGGGAAUGAAUCUUCAUGUUUUUGUAACUUACCGGCAUGCUCUUGGUGGUAUUGUAGUGCUUCCUUUUGCCUAUUUUCUUGAAAGAAAAUCUAGGCCGAAGAUGACGGUGGCAAUGUUCAUGGAGCUAUUUUUGCUUUCCCUUUUAGGGGUUAGCCUCACCCUAAACAUGUAUUUCGCAAGCUUGAAGUAUACCUCUCCUUCCUUUGUCACUUCAAUGGUUAAUACAAUAUCAGCUCUAACAUUUAUAAUUGCAGUUGCACUCAGGUUAGAGGCUGUUGAUGUUAAGAACCCUCGUGGGGUAGCUAAGAUCUUUGGAACCCUUCUAUCAUUGGCUGGGGCCUUGACUAUGACUUUAUAUAAAGGGCACGCCAUACCGAACUUAAAAGCUGCUCCAGUCCUAAUCACAGCCCAAUCUGCUCAUCCUAACUGGAUUAAGGGAUCUAUUUUGACUGUUGCAAGUUGCAUAUCAUGGUCUGUCUUCUACAUAAUGCAGGCAUUUAUAGUGAAGAAAUAUCCAGCACAGCUUUCGCUCACGGCAUGGAUAAAUUGUAUCGGUGCAGUACAAUCAGCAGUCUUUGCUUUGAUCGUUGAACACAAGCUCCAUGCCUGGUUCAUUACGUCCAGAAUCGAACUCUAUUGCAUCUUAUAUGCUGGAAUUAUAAGUUGUGGCUUGAGUAUUUUCGUUCAGUUAUGGGCUACGGACCAAAAGGGACCUGUCUUCGUGACUAUGUUCAAUCCCCUUGGGACAGUCUUAGUGUCAGUCCUGGCGUACUUAGUUAUCGGGGAACAGCUUCACAUGGGCAGUAUACUGGGAGGAGUCAUCGUCAUCAUCGGCCUUUACUUGCUUUUAUGGGGAAAAGAAACUGAUCAAGAUUACAAAUCACGACAACCAUCAAGUUCAGCACAUGAGCAAAACGAAAGCAGGACGCAGAUAGCGACUUCAGGGCAGACAGAAAAGUUAAGCUCUGAACAAGGUAGCGUCGCGAAAGAUGGGAUCUUAUGACUUGGAAGUAAUGUGCUAAAGAGUAAAUAAAAAGGAUAUGAUUCCAUCCGCGUAUUUCAUGAUAUAUACCCCAAAAUGGCUGAG